AUGGCAAACGAGCUGAAAAUAGCGGUCGUCUGCUCCAGCAAUCAAAACCGCAGUAUGGAAGCACACAGCUUCCUGAGCAAGAAAGGCUUCAACGUCAAGUCAUUUGGAACUGGUAACAUGGUGAAGUUGCCAGGCCCAGCCCCAGACAAACCCAACAUUUAUGAUUUCAGUAUUACAUAUGAUGCUAUGUACAGAGACCUUAUGCAGAAAGAUUAUGAACUAUAUACACAGAAUGGAAUUCUUCACAUGCUAGAUAGGAAUCGUAGAAUCAAGGCCAACCCAGAGAGGUUCCAGUCGUCUAAAGAGAAGUUUGAUCUGAUCAUCACUUGUGAAGAACGAGUAUACGAUCAGGUAUUAGAAGAUUUUGAAAAUAGAGAUCGGAAUGACGAGCAGGCGGUUCACAUAAUCAACAUAGAUAUUCAAGACAAUCACGAGGAGGCAACAAUCGGGGCUUUCAUGAUCUGUGAACUUGUUACUAUGUUGUUAGCAUCAGAUGACUUGGAUAAUGAAGUGGACGAAAUACUGCAAGAGUUUGAACACAAAGUCAGCAGACCUGUCCUGCACACUGUCCAGUUUUACUAG